AUGUCGGGGUAUGUAUUCAAAACGCCGCACAAGGCAUCAAAAAAGACCCCACAACAUCCGCGCCGGAUGUUUGGGUUGAUGCGCCUGCGCGUUCACCAGUGCCGGCCUGUUCAAGCUGCUUUUGCGGCUGACGAUGAAAUCGACGAUUGCCCGGUUGAUGAAGAUGUUUUUGUGCGUUACUUUCCUUCAAGCAUGGCAUCAAGUCAGGAACAUGGCGGCUUUCUGUGCCGCCCCCACACCCUGGGAGUCUGCGGGCAUCCCCAACCCGCCCAUGGAAACGGUCAAUUUCUCGAGACCGUCCAUGUGCCGGAAAAAGAACUCGCCCAUCCGACGGACAGAGUGGACGUACCCGCCGGUGCGAGUGAUUAUCUUGCGUGCGCGGCCGCCGUCGAGGGUGGAGGUCAUGAGGUGGACCUCAAAAGACUCGAGCAUAGAGCGGUAGUUCUUCCGCUCUUGCGACUGGAACGUCGGAACCGGGCGGGGGUGCCAGUUCUCGAGGAUCAACUUUCGAGGCGCAAUGCCGCCACCCAUCGAUACCUCGUCAAAGGUGUUGCGCCAGAGCCGGCGCAUGGUGAUAUUCAACUCCCGCCUCAACACGUCGUCCCAGCUCUUCUCAAGGUUCUUAAAUAUGCCGUCUGCGCUCAGGGGAUGAAGUCCGCCUGCUGCGAGUAG